GCUCCACCCCCCCUCUCACACCCGCUGCAGUGUCACGUGCUCCAGCAAUGGCGGCGCCCGUAGCGUACAACGUGUGGCGACGCGUCUGAGUAGCCGAAUCCGAUCCACGAUCAAGAAAGACGAAGACGGCCGGGCGAACUUGACGACGCAUAGGUUUGUCGUCUUCAGAGCCGCCCGCCUCCUGCUCGUAAACGGAUGCUAUUGAAGAUAGAGUUGAAUCGUAACAACAACAGCCGAAAUAAAAUCAACUCAAGAUGCUGCGGGGCGCGAGGUUCCUGCUCGCUGCUGCAUCUCGGCCGCGGUGCCGGGCCCUCCACAGUUACGCAACCGAGGCCGAGUCCGUCCGCUCAGGGCUCCUCCCGUCAUCAUCUUCUCCUCUUCGCUUGGCCCUCGCAAGCGCGAGCUGCAGGAGGCAGUUCCACACGGGAAUCGCGAGGUCUGCCAAGUCGUCGGCUCAGGGAGGCGACCGCUUUGAGUUGCCCGACGAUAACGAUGACCACGACGACGACGAUGACGUCGUGAAGAGGGCGAGCGGCGUGAGGUCGAGGGUCAGGGCCAGGCGAGGCCGGGCCGUGGCAGCCGACUUCGAAGAUGAUGAUAAUUUUUUCGCGAAAAUUGAAGCCCAAUCCGAACGGUCAGGGGGGUCGGCUGCCCCUGUCCAGGAGAGACGCCCUCGCAAACCGCGUCACGAGCUGCACGAAGAAGACUUUGAAGAGCUGGAAGGAGGACGACGAGGAGGAGGAGGAGGAAGAGGAGGAGACGGUGAGUUCAGCUCCAGGGAGGCGACGACGGGCAGCAGGGCGUUCGGGCAGGCAACUUUCGGCAAACCCAACGCGAAUCCGAGGCGUGGCGACUCCUGGGAUGAAGGUGGCGACGGAGGACGGCUGCAGGAAGACGAGCGCGGGCAGCGCGGUGGCCACGUCAAACAGAGCAAGGGCCGGGCUCCGCACAGGGAGACGGCGUCGCACUAUGGGCGAUCCGACGACACCUACGACAAUGACGGUGACGACGACGACGCGUACCUGAAGAGGGCGACACCGGCGCGCGCUACCGGGGGAGGACAAGCCAGGGCCCGGGACGACGGCGACUAUAGCCACAGGGCGAAGGACGACUUCGCGGUCGACUACGGCUACAAGAGAAGAGACGGCGAGCGCGGCGAAUCGGGCUACAAGAGAAGGGACCGAGGUGACUACGACCACAGGCCGAGGGAAGGCGGCGACUACGGCUACAAAGCGAAGGACCGUGGCGACUUCGGCUACAAGAGAAAGGAUGGCGGCGGUGGUGGUGGCGGCGGUGGCGGCGGCAGCGCUGGUGACGGCGGCUACGGCUACAGGGCGAGGAACAGUGGCGGCAGCGACUACGGCUACAAAGCGAAGGACGACUUCGGCGUCAACUACGGCUACAGGGGGAAGAACGGGGGCGACCGCGGCUACGAUCGCGGCCGCGACCAGAGAGGCCCCCCAGGCAAGGCGCGGGGUUUCUCCGCAGGGGCCCCCUGGGAGAAGAGCGGGGAGCGCGGCCCCUGGCGGCGCUCGGACCCCGUGUCGGGGCACCGGAGCGAGGACGCCGGCGAUGGGGACAUGCUGUUCGGCAUCGCACCGGUGCACAUGGCGCUGCUGCACGGACACCGCGAGUUCAGGCGCCUCCUGCUCAACAGGAAGCGCAACCCCGAGCGGCCCGAGCUGCAGGAGCUGCUGCGCUUGGCGGCCGAGCGCGGCAUCGAGACGGAGCUGGUGAACCGACGGCAGCUCGACGAGCUGAGCGAGGGCCGCCCCAACCAGGGCGUGUGCCUGGAGGCAAGCCGGCGCGACUUCAUGGACUACGAUGCCCUCUUUGCCGGCUCCGCCGACGUCGUGAGCGCCGGCGCCGCCGAGGUUGCGCCGGCCAGCCAGGGCGAGCCGGAGCCCGCGGGCGGCGGAGAGGAGAGCAGCGACCGGCAGGCGGAGGAUCCGGUGAAAGCGGAAGUCGCCACCGACGACCCGGCCGCUGGGUCGCCCGCGAGCGAGACCGUAGCGGACGGCGGCAAGAGGCGCCUGUGGGUGGUGAUUAACGAGGUGAACGAUCCCAUGAACCUGGGCGCCGUGCUGCGCUCCACCUACUUCAUGGGCGUCGAGACGGUGCUCAUCACCAAGCAGAACAGCUGCUCGCUGACGCCGACCGUGAGCAAAGCCAGCGCUGGCACCGUGGAGGUGAUGGACAUUUACACGACGGGGCGGCUGCCGCAAGUCUUGCAGGAGAAGGCAAAGCAAGGCUGGCAGAUCGUGGGCACGGUGGGGUAUGCCAAGAGCACGGGGUCAGCUGUGCCGGUUGUGCCCUGCGACCAGUACCAGCUGAAGGCCCCCACCAUCCUCCUCAUCGGCAACGAGGGCUACGGUCUCCCGCAGGAGUUGCUCGCGCUGUGCGACGUGCUGCUCACCAUCGAGCCGCGGCGCGAGCUGCACCGCGGCAUCGAGUCCCUCAACCUGUCCGUGGCAACGGGGAUCCUGUUGUACAAUUUGCUCGGCAAGGCCGCGGAGGAGAAGCAAGAAUGAAGGACGCGUGCGUGUGCGAGGAAAGCGAUACAUAUUCGUAGUACUUGAUAUGUUUUUAUUAUUAUAUGGCACUACGAGAACACGCGAAAAGAUGAAUGCAAUUUGCAUGUGGAGCGUAUCACUUUGUCCGUCUCGACUGCUGUCAAAAGGGGGCGAGUGAGAUUUGUCGUCGUACUGUGAAAUGUGUUUGAUAUUUUGUAGACAUUGGACGUCCGAAGAUCCCCAGGUCACUCUUGCAAAUGAGGCUUGUCCUGGACUCUUUAAAAGUUGUCACCUGGGUAAACAAACAAAAAAAUGAAAUAAUUAACUCGCCCAACAUUUCAAUGGCUCAGUCAAGGUUCGCAGCUGCGAUUCGUUUGUCUCGGUUAUUACCGCCCCCGUUUGUAUCGUUUCUCGGUUUGUUUUUGUACUUCGUUUUUUCACUCCCAUUAUCUUAAAAAUAACAUCGUCAUUUAAUUGCAUAUAAUUAGCAUACUUCGUAUAUAUAAUCGGCACUUGGCGCGUGAAGUUCUAUCCACGGUUGGAAUAUGAAUGGGUUUAAAAAAAGUUUCGGGACUGAGAACUUAAAAGAGCAAGUCUCAAAAUAAAAUGUUUCAAACAAAAA